AGAUUUGAUCAAACUCAUCUGGACCGGAACCAGGAGACGACAUGGACCGCCACAUCUGUGGAAACGUCCCACUGGACCUGAAGCAGCGUGGAUUCUGAAGUGGGGCUGAGCUACCAAAAUCAGGAAACUAAAGUGUUGCUAUUUAUACGACUGAGCAAAGGGCCAGAGCUGGUAGUCGCCGGGUUAGUGUGAGCCAACGAGCGAAAGAGAGAGCGUCGGUGGAGCUGGGAAAAAGGAAAAUAUCUGGAGGAAUGGAGCCGCUUUUGGGAUGAUUUUGUGCAGAUUUGAGCCCAAACCAUGGAAGGACUCCCAUCCAUUACUGAGUCAGCCAUCUCUGAGUUUUCCUCUGCAUUUGAGCUGCUGAUUCUGCACACGGAGGAGGCCCAGGAAUGGGCCGCGUACCUGCAGCAGAUCCUAAAAUCCUCCAAACAUUUCCGCCGGGGCUCCGUGUUGCUCUACGCUUUGAGCUCGGCCGAUCAGCUCCACGGAUAUAACUUUGAGGAUUUCCAGAGCUGCAAAUGCAUCGUGGUGCUGCUGACGGGAUUUUUCCUGGACGUCCUGUACGACCCGGAUCUGCACGGCGCGCUGCAGAGACUGCUCUAUCCUCCACACAGGGUGGUGGCGCUGCUGUGCGGCGUGACGGAGGCCGACCUGAACGUGGAGUACUUCGAGGGCUGGCCGAGCUGGAGGAAACUCUACGCCGACGACGAGCCGGGCGUUUAUGUUUCUACCGUUUUGGAGUCAAUAGCUGACAGCAGGCGAGCAGAGGCCGAGCUUCAGAGCGAAUAUCCUGCAGCAGAGUCGCUCGUCUCCGCCGCAGCGGCGGCUUCUCCUCUCUCCUCUGAAAAUCCCACGGCGGGUGAAAGCGAAGAGGAGGAGUCAGAGGAGCAAAGCGAAACGUUCCUGAAGGAGGAAGAGCGAGCGAGCGGCGAAGAUUCAGCAUCAGAACGCAUCAGCUCACCGACACAACCGACAUGUCUGACCGUUCAGCCCAGCAGAGUUCACUGUGGGGAUCAAGAGACGAUUUUCAUCGUAUUCAGAAGCAGAGUGGGUUUCGGGUCGCCGGUGGAAGUGGAGUUCUCACCUGAAGGCGCAGCGUCCAAACGGGUUCUGGCCUCGGUGGAGAACGAGUUCACCAUCAGCGUCUCUGCACCAGAAAUGCCUGCAGGAGUGACUUCGCUCGCUCUGCACGCCGACGGCUCGCGUGUCGGUCUGAGUCCGGUCACAUUUUACACCAGCAUGGGAGAAGUUAGCCGGCAUCUAAAACAGGCUACUGACCCUGUCAACUUCAUCUGCCAGGCCUUUAACUUGACCUCCAAUGCAACAGAAUCAGUGGACACAUUGCUAACGGACUCGUUAAAGUCCAGGAUGCCUCCCUCUGGUCUGCAGCUGUUUGGAGUCAAACAGAUUGAAGAAGACAACAUGUCAGCAUAUCAGCGCAAGGAAGAGCUGCCCACGUUGCUCCACUUUGCUGCUAAAUAUGGCUUGAAGAAGCUCAUGAGCUCCCUCCUGCGGUGCCCCGGGGCUCUGCAGGCGUACAGUGUGAUGAACAAACAUGGCGACUACCCAAACACACUGGCAGAGAAGAGCGGCUUUCAGGACCUCAGACGUUUUAUGGACGAAUUUGUGGAAACAGCAGACCUGCUCCAGUCUCACCUGGAAGACAACUUGAACUUGGACAAUGAGGCGGAGAUCUACGAGGCGGAGAUCUACGAGCCGAUGUCAAAUUCUUCUCAGGACAUCAUGUUGAAGUACUCCGGCUGCACUGAGGAUAUUUACGAGUCGAUGCUCGGCCUCGACCCUGAGUGUGCAGAAGACUUAUAUGAAGUCAUGACUGUAGUAGAUGAGAAUCCAGAAGAAGCUAUGCUCAGGAAGUUCUUCCAAGCGAAACCUCACGCUGCCGAGAACCAAGUGAACGCCCCGCCGCCUAGAGCUGAGAACAAUGACAGGAACGAACACGUCAACUUUGAUGAAAUAGAGGAGGAGGAGGAUCCGUACAACAUCUGUCCAGAGGAUAUUUAUGACACCGUGGAUACAAACAGCACCUAUAACCCGGGAGUCCAGAACCGCCCUCCGGCCCCCAUCCCCAGACCCGAGUCUGAGCCCGAACCUGAACGACCCGCAACCUACAUUUCCAGAGUUUUUUCAGAUACAGACAUGUCCAAACGUAACUCAGUGGACAGUGGUUGUCCUGCAGCUCGACCUGUGAGCGAGGCUCCCUGCUCGACCUAUGACCCCUACGGCGGGAUGAAGACCCCGGGGCAGCGGCAGCUCAUCUGCCUGCAGGAGCGGGUCAAAGUGGGGGAGAUAACGGUGGACGAGGCCGUCCAGGAGUUCAAAGCGUGGCAGUUCGACCACGAGCGGCGCUCUAACUCUCUGCGCUAUCAGCAGGACAACCUGAAGAAACUACGAGAUAGCAUCACGAGACGUCACAAAGAGAGGGAGAAGACGGGGCAGGAAAUCGAUUAUGAAAUAAGUGCGCCGCUGCAGAGGAGCCUCUACUGGGGAUCCAACUCGACAUUAGAGUGCAGCGUGUACGAACCCACACCCAGAAUGGUGGCUCCGCCCCCUCCGGCGACUCAGCCAAUCAAAAGAGGGAGCUGGAAGACUGGCAGUACGUCCAGCACAUCGAGCACAGAGAGCAACAGACUCAGCACUCACAGCACCUUUAGCCUCAGCAGCGGGACAGAACCGGACUUCGAGGACGCAGUGGAAACUCUUCCUCCUCCUCCUCGGCCUCCGCGACCCUCCGACCCGGUGCCCGGCGUUCCUCCACCCAGGCUUCCUCCGCGGAUCCCAGAAAGGGUGCCGGAGGCGCUGCACGAGCGCUACAUUUCCUGCCCGACGCGCGCGCUUCCUCAGAGACCCGCGCCCAGACAGGCGCAGGCGGCGCCGCCGGUUCCCCGCCGCCGGUGAUGGCCGGCCGCCUGCGGCCCGGUCGGACUGAACCCACCGGUACCGAGGGAGAACCGGUGGCUGAACGUGAUGCUCUGGAGAAUUUCUUUGGAUGAUCUGAAAAAAAUAGUGCAAAUUGUUUCUAUUAUUAUGUUUUUUUGUGUCUUUGACAUUAUAAUUAAUGUAAAUAAGAUUUUUUAGUAAAAGUGACAUUUAGGGUCACACUAGAUGUUUAAGCCCAAAAUUAGUCUAAUUAAAGUUCACGGUUCAGGGUGUUUCUUUAGAAUUUUUUUCUGUCCCUUUAAGACACUUUUCAUGUGUUUUAUUGCACAUGAAAGCAUCAGAGUCCAUAAAAACUCCAACAUGGAGUCCAGGCAGAUGAUUUGGUGUGAAUGUUGCAGGUUUUAAUCUUCAGCUGCGUCGGGUCGGACCCCUGGACCCGUCUCCAACAGAAACGCCUGUAAAUUAUGUAUGAAGACUGGAUGUGUUGCUGUAAAAUACCAGAGUCUAUUCUCCAUUAAUGUUGCUUGCUUUAUCUGACCUGCUCUUGUUUGCACAGUCGAGUUUAAAUGGUGUAACUUUUCAUUGUUGUGCUUGAUAAAAGGUUUCCCAAAGUA